AUGGCAAAAUUAUCGCAAGCCGAACUGUCUGUCAUCACAAAAUAUCCUUUAGCUGACUCAUUCGAUCGUGUACGUGACUUGCUCCAAGAUGCGGAACGGCCAUCCCUAGCAUCCUACGACGGCACUGACGAUGACCCUGACGAUAUCCGCCAAAUGGCAAUAUCAAAGCUUUUAAUCACUUUAAUGGAUGAAAAAGCUGCUUUCAAUCUCCGACCCCCGAUUAGUAGCAGAGAUGUUGCUUCCGAACUAUCAAGGCUUUUCACGCACCUUCGAGAAGGCGACUUUCAGUAUGAGCGCUACCGCUUGUUAACACAUCUUAUUCUUCAGAAAGCACCAGAUCCUGAUAUUUGGGAAGCUGUCUUCAACCUUAUUACCACCAUCUCUAGAAUCACCCCCCCGGCGAGCAUCCCACUUUCGUUCGAUGGCACGCCAUUUAGAUCUACAUCAUCAUCGCAGAGAGGAUCAGAGCAGACGCGUCUGCUGGUGGAUAGAAGGCUUUUUGAAGAGAUUGAGGACUGUACUCACCGGGAUGUUGAGGGUUUCUUUGAAAAAUACUUUGAAGGGAAAGACUGGAACCCACGGGCAGACAAUGCAGCUCGUCGCGCGCUUGGCUCCGGAGAUGACAACAAAUGGCCCGACUUCCCCGACCCGCCAACACAGAAAGACGCCCUCGAUUGGUUGUUUGGAUUCCAAGAUGAGUUUCUGUCGGAUGAAGGAAGCGUCUAUUUCACCACAGCGAGUAAGAGUGAUCUCACUGGCUCAGACACGGAGCGACAGAUUGAUCUUCUCCUCAGGGACCGAAGCGCGUGUGACAUCGGUGGAAAGCACAACUGGAAGGAUAUUCGGGUCGUCGGCGAGCUGAAAAAACCUGAGGAUGAGAUCAGGAGCAAAAGUACACUGCUGCAGAUGGCGCGCUAUGUGCGGGAGGUCUUCAAAGCCCAGCCGACGCGCCGAUUCGUCCAUGCGUUUGCUGUCUGUGGAACGAAGGCGGAGGCGUGGAUAUGGGAUCGCUCGGGUCCUUUCAGCUCGGGCUCUUUUGAUGUCAACAAAGAUCCAAAGCGUUUUUUUCAGAUGAUCUUGGGCUAUGCAAUGAUGACCGAUGAAGAGCUGGGGCUGGAUACCUUCAUAGCACAGGAUGGUAGUGGUGCCAACACAAUCACUGUUGAGAACAUUAGUGGCGAGGAGGUGGUCAUGCAGCUGAACCCGAAACCACUCAGCUAUCAGAGCGCCAUUGUGUGUCGGGGGACAGCCUGCUUUCUUGCUGAUGUUGACAACAAGGUGCAAGGCGUGGCCAAGUUCUCGUGGACAUCAGACAAGCGGGCAAGCGAAAAGGAUCUUCUUAAACUGGCUCAAGAAAGGGGUGUCAAGGGAGUGGCAGAGGUCAUUGCUUUCUGUGAUAUAACAGACAUUGCCACGCUCCGAGACGGAUUGUCCUUCAAAAAGCGCCACAUCUUUAAAAGCACUAGCCACAAAUCCUCUGUCCACCCGUCUCGCUCCAAUGACCCUCGGUCACGGUCGUUCACUCGGCUUCAUCCAAGCACCAGUGACAAGCAGACCAGCCGAAAACGCCGAUCUCCUGAUAAAGAUACGCGGAUGCCUAAACGGUCGCGCUCCAGCAGUCAAAUAUCAGGCGUCGCCCAGCAGGAGGACGAACUGACUUUUGAUGUCCAGCAAGUGGGAAAUCCGAGCCUCUUUGAUAAGGACGGCAAGGAGCUUUAUGAUAACCGGAUAUUUCGCUGCCUGGUCAUCACACCAGCUGGCCGGCCGAUCUACGAGUACCAUUCGCCUAUCGAGCUUUUGAAGGCCGUCCGCGACGCGAUCAAGGCGCAUCAGUCCCUUUACAUGGAAGGCAACAUCCUACACCGAGACAUAUCUGAGAAUAAUAUUAUUAUCACUGACCCGGAGACCGCCAACGGCCAUUCGGGCAUGCUGAUCGACUUGGAUCUCGCCAAAGAAAUUGGUACGCGGAGCGGGGCACGACGCCAGACCGGCACCAUGGAGUUCAUGGCCAUUGAGGUGCUUCUUAAUGUUGACCAUACAUACCGGCACGAUCUCGAGUCCUUCUUCUACGUGCUGAUCUGGCAGUGCGCCCAUAAUGGAUGGAAACGUUUCAACCGUUUGAAAGAAAAGCCGGAAGACAGUCUCCUGAAUGAAUGGUACACUGGGAGCUAUGUGAAGAUUGCUAGCAGGAAGGGGGGUCAUAUGGAUGCAAAAACUUUCGAAUAUCUCUUAUGGGAGUUCCCCCCGGAGCUGGAGGAUAUUAAACCGCUGUGCAGAACGCUACGGCGGGUCCUAUUUCCUAUCCACAAAGAUGCUCUCUUCACCGGAACGCCGAUGAAACCCGAGAGGCUCUAUGAACCAAUUAUCCAAGCGUUUAACCGGGCUGUUGAGGACAUCACGGCCGCGGAUGGGUAGGCGUUGUGCAUAAUGGUACUCGCACUGUCGCGGCC